GGAGGAUCAGGGAAGAAUCGAUUCUGAAGACAUCAGUCUAUGGCCACCGAUCUCUUUCCGGUUAUUAUAACUUCGCCGCUUCUUCUCAGUCGCUUCUUCCGUGACGGUAUCGUAUCGGAGACUGUUCGUCUUUCCUUAAAUCCUUAAAUCAGUGGUGAAGUAGGUUUCUUUGAAGGUAUGGGGGAUGAGAUUGAUUUGAGUGGAGAUGGAGGCGUCUUGAAACAGAUUGUAAGGAGAGCUAAACCUGAUGCUAUUGCACCUUCUGAUGAUUUUCCUGUCGUCGAUGUUCACUAUGAGGGUAUAUUGGCUGAAGAUGGGAAGGUUUUUGACACUACACGCGAAGACAAUCUGGUUUUCUCCUUCGAGUUGGGUUCAGGAAGUGUUAUACGGUCAUGGGAUAUUGCGCUUAAGACCAUGAAGGUUGGGGAAGUUGCGAAACUCACAUGUAAGCCAGAGUAUGCUUACGGAAGUGGUGGAUCUCCUCCUGACAUCCCACCUGAUGCAACUUUGAUAUUUGAAGUGGAAUUGGUUGCUUGUAGACCGAGGAAAGGUGCUAGUGUUGGAAGUGUUUCUGAGGAUAGAGCUAGGCUAGAAGAUCUGAAGAAGCAGAGAGAGAUUGCUGCAGCUGCUAAAGAGGAUGAUAAGAAAAAGAGAGAAGAAGCAAAAGCAGCUGCAGCUGCUAGGAUUCAAGCUAAGCUAGACGCUAAGAAGGGUCAAGGCAAGGGAAAAGGCAAAGGCAAAUCUAAAUAAGUGACAAAAAAGCAUGAGUCCAACGUUGUUGUAAGCUCCUAAAGAUUAUAUAAGUUCAUGAUUUUAAAGCUUGUUGUUAAGUGGCACUCAUCAAUUAUCAUAAUGACCAAUACAUGAGUUGUUUUGGGUCUAA